AUGCACCUUUUGUUGUUUUUAGCGGAAGAAGACAAAAUAAGAGAUGCAGAGUGCAUCGACUCGCUGGUGUGUGCUGAACUUCCAGAUGCUACUCGACAUCCGGAGCUACACAACAUUGUGAAGUCAUCGAUGAUUCACGGACCCUGCGGUGAACUGAAUAGAAACUCUCCCUGCAUGAGUGAUGGUGUAUGUUCGAAAGGAUUUCCGAAACCGUUUCAGGCAGAAACUAAAGAGAACGUGAAUGGCUACUACCCACUCUACAGAAGAAGGGACGAUGGAAACUUUAUCGUGAUCAAGGGUCAUGCCAUCGAUAACAGAUGGGUCGUUCCUUACAAUCCGUAUUUAUCGAAAAAGUACAACGCCCACAUAAACGUUGAAGUAUGCAGCUCCAUAAAAUCGGUGAAGUAUUUGUUCAAAUACGUGUACAAGGGUCAUGAUGCAGCUAAAGUUGUUCUGGAAGAAUCUGGAGAUAGAACUUUAAUGUGGGACGAGAUCAAAUGCUUCUUAAAUGCAAGAUACGUGUCUGCCCCUGAAGCAGCGUGGAGGCU